AUGAGAGUGGGCCACAUUCACACGGAUCGUAGUCGGGAACGCAGAGUCAACUCAGGCAAAUCGGACGAUUCUUACCACAAAAUAAAAACUCCGUCUAGAGAUGAGACGGCUCCAUCAGAUGACGCUACAGAUAAUGUCUGGAAACCUUCACAAAGUCUAAAUCUUGAAUCCGAACGGCCGAAAGAACUGAAUGAAAUAAACAAAAUAAAAAAGAAAGACGAGGAAAAGAAGAUGAACAAAGAUCAUGUUUCACGCAGAAAGAGGCAGUCUCAGUUAUCUGGAGACUUAACAAAGACAACACCUGCACUUUCUUAUUAUCCUUCACCAUCACUCGGUGAUCUGCGACUUACCUCCAAAAGAUACCACAGCACACAUCGAAUUCAGAAAACAACUUCUAACACCAUGGAAAAAAAUAAACUAGAACUUUCUUCCGAUCAGAAGACUGGAGACACCUCGUUAACAGUGGUAAAAAGGAGCAUAUCAAUAACACUGCCCAACCAACUGAACCACAAGUUGAGAAAACGAGUUCACACAACAAACUGCACGGGAGAUAGUAAGCAAGCAGACACCGAGUUCAGAGUCAGGUCCUCUAGACCUAGCAACAGUCGACAUGCAGAGGGCAGGGGUAGAAAAUAUAGUGAUUUAGAUCAACCUAGUUAUUCCAUUUCUAAAGAGUCAGGCCAAAAAGACCUAUCUCAAAGGAAGAAGCAUUACUCCUCCUUUCACCAUUCAGAACUACUGAACUCGGACCACCAGCCCGAUAUUAGAGGAUUAGUUUACCACUAUAACGAGGUGGAAAGAAAGAACAGGUCCAGAAGAGACAAACACAAAUCCCAUGUAGAACUGCCAGGGAUAUCAGACCUAGCUAGACGUCACCAGGAUCUCCAGGCUAACAAGCUACUUCGCAUCAAGCAGGAUGCAGAGUGUCAGGAGGCCAAGGAGAGGGUUGAAAGGAGAAGAAGGAGAAGUGCCAUGACAGGAGCUGAGCGGAGGGCUGGUAGUAUUUCUGACAUUUCUCUUGUCAAGACUCGAGAUAAAAGAACCCGAGAUAAGGACUCAACAAGGUGUUUAGAGUUGGAGGAUAGUCUUGCUAAACUGAGGAUAGACUCGGUUCAUAACAGUGGGCACCCUGAAAAUUACUGUGUACCCACUACUGCUGGUCCGUCACCACCCAGAGAAUCUGCUGUUACAGUAAACCUUUCUCAGAGCGACUCUGAAGCAAAUGUGAUGACUAAGGAUAUCGAAGAAGAAAUAAGAAUCCAAAGAAAACCACAAAACCGAUCAUCAGGCGUGAGGCUCGUACAUCGGUCUAAAACUGACGACCACACCCACGAAGACUCCAGAGAUAACAGAAAUAAUAGAAAUAAAAAAGAUAACAAAGAUAACAGAAAUAGCAGAAAUAACGGAGAUAACAGACACCAAUCUACAUCAAGAUCUCACGUAAUAGAAUGUAGGAAAGUAGAAAGAGAUGAGGCUUCCAAGCAUACGCGAAGUUCAGUUCAAAAGAUAGAGUUAGUUCCGAGAAAGAAUCCGGACAGGGGUUCAGCCUUUGCACCUCGAUACAACACCCGACAGAGAUACCAUACAUCAGAAGCUAAUUUAGGUGCAGAGGAGUCAUUCAGUAAAUCAUCACCAACUUCAGUGAAAACUGUAAGACCAAUAUCUACUAGACCCAUUAAACCAAGUACAGCUCCUAAAGAACCUCUCAGGUUUAGACAAACUUCACGACUCUCACUGGGACUGGAACCUUAUCUUAAAGAAGGUUCGGACAAAAGCUCAGUAGAAAACCAUAAUUUCGAAUGUAACGAAAUCGAGAUAUUAGCCUAUAAGGAUAAAAUACUUGAGACCAAAUUGGACAUGACGAAACCUGAAACAAAUCUUGAUACAAAGCUGGAAACAAAACCUGGCACAAAACAAGAUAAAGAAGCUGAUUCAGCAAACGGAAACAUCACUGAUGAUGAGGCAGACACUCAAAAUGACAAGUUGGUGAAAAUUUUGAAAAGGAUAGACACUCAGACUUUGAAACGAAGACUGAGCCUGGAUAAGCUUGAUGAACUUGAUACCGAUGAUGAGUCGAGCUUGGAUCGCAUGUUAAACCAGAUAUCAGCUUUCGUACAAAGCAAAUUCUUGAGAAAACGAGCUAAAACCGACGGAGGUCGCAACAUCUUACGAUUUGGCACGAGUACAGUCCAUCUAUACGAUCCAACCGUCGCUCUACAGCCUUUUACUGGAUCUAAAAGGCAAGCUUUUACACCACCCAGUAUACUGAAGAAAAAGCAGAAAACUGAAGCCUCUUAA